AUGGCAAGUCGAAUGACAUAUGAUCGCAAAUUUCCAGCCCUAGAGUUCAGCGAUAAGACACUCAGGGUAUCUCCUGGCGGAGAAGCCAUGUUUAACGUUACGGUUAAGCAGUCAACUCAGCUCAAUGAAAGCCGGUUUCCGCUAUACUCGGGCUGGGUGACGCUCAACUCGACAGACUCGCCGUCACUAAGCAUCGCAUAUCAAGGAGUAGGCGCGAAGCUACACAGUAUGCCGUUGUCACGCGGACUUCGAGUAAUCGGAGUCGAUUAUGAGGAGGUUGGAGAUGGAUAUGAGUUUUCCAUUGGUCGAGGGCCAGUUAUAGACUUUAAUAUGCACUAUGGGUCAGGGCUGACAAAGCAGUCGCCUUUCAAAAAUGUCGCCAGCAGGGAUUGGGAAUUUUGGGACGGAACCAUGGUGGAUGAUACAAAUGCGCCAGAGGGGCGGUAUAGAUUUGUCGUCCAGAUGCUUCGCUUUCAUGGCGAUGCUGCCAAUAAAGAGGACUGGGAGAUUAAAAGGUCGACCAACUUCAUUAUCCGGUAUAAAGGGAAUUAG